AUGCCACAGAUCGACGAAGAAAUUGUUCGACAAUUUGCCAAUAGCCAAGCCAAAAGUAUCGAAGCCAAAGACCCGAAGCUCGUGUCAGCUACCUUGGCCGACAACUGCCGUCGCUUCAUCGCGCCCGCAUCAUUCAUGAAAUCCAUGGGCCUCCCAGACGAGGUUGCCAAACAGGGCUCUCCCAACGAGAUGUACGAACAGCAUUUCUCUAUGCAAAUUCCGUUCGUUGAGUCGACUUCAUGCGAUGUACAUGACAUCGCACUUGACCAACAAAAGAUGAAGGCGACGGUUCAUCUUACCCAUCGAAUCAAGCCAGUUGGUGUUGAGGAAGAGUUCUUCAUCGAGAAUAUGAUUCUUCUUGAUUUCGAAAAGGAGGGUGAAAAGAUUGAGAAGAUUGUUGAGUUUACAGAUGUUGCGGAGAGUAUGAAGUACAUGCAAACACUUCAAGGGUUAGCUGCUGGCAAGUCAGAGUGA